AUGAAGCCAGUGAAAAGUUACUUUCUAGUAUUCCUGACAACGCUCCUAACUCUGAUAGCGCACAUCGAAGCCCACGUCCACUCCAUGUUGUAUGUCUGUGUACGGAACGACGUCAAAGUUGAUUGCAUACCCUCCUGCCCCAAGCUGUGUGUGGACGCACUGUACCCUCGUCGCUGCUAUCCCCAGAAGUGCAAGCGAGGAUGUGCUUGUAAGGAGGGCUUUGUGAGGCGCUUGUCUCCGGAGGGAAUGUGCAUACCACGAGCCGAAUGCAAACGUUGGAUACUGUAAAAAAUAUGUAUGUACACAUAUAGUACACAUAGUAAAGAAGGUAGAAACAA